AUGGGCGAGAAGCUUAAGAGCCUGGUGCUGCUCUCGCAGGGAGGAGGAGGUGUCAGGGGUCCGGCGGGUGCCCAGUUGAAGAAGAAGAGCGGCUUCCAGAUCACCAGCGUAACCCCAGUGCAGAUCUCAGCCAGCAUCAGCUCCAUCAACAUUAGCUCCAUUGCCAAAGAGACAGAGAGCUACGAUGACCUGGACGAGUCGUACACUGAGGUUUCCUCCUCUGAGAUUCUGGACAUCUCACUCUCCCGGGCCACCAACUUGGGGGAGCCUGAGCGCAGCUCCUCCGAGGAGACGCUCAACAACUUCCAUGAGACCGACAACCCCAGCACCAUCUCCCCCAACCAGCCUCGCCCGGCCCAGCAGCCCCAAGGCCUGACCAACAGCAGUGCCCACCCACCACCCCACUACACCCACCGGGGACACCCCCAGCCUCCCUCCCACGCUGGUGUCCCUCCACCCAUGUCCAGAAGGGUCUCAUCCAGCCCAUCGUUCUGA